GAACUUCUCGUUUCCUUCAACCUCUACAUCCUUCAUACAUACAUACCUCUACCUACCUACCUUAGACAAUUCUCUGCAAACAACCUGAACCAACCUCCACGCCACACCAUCGCAAUGCUGGCACGCUCAGCAUGGGCCUGGCUUGUCCUCAUUGCAGCAUGGGCAAGCCUUGUCGCAAGCAAGAGUCCUGCAGUUGUCUACGAGAUGAUGUCCGCCUACCACAUUUACAACAUUGCCUGGUUGUAUGAGGGCGCAGACCAGCGGUACAUCUAUCCUCUCCUCGACAAGGACAAGGACAAAACGCUAUUCGACAAGUCUUACAGGCAGCAGGGGCAUCGAGGAAGCCUGGACAAAGGUCAGAUGAACUGGGGAGAAUUCUGUAUGGCUUGGUUCAAGGACGACCGGUUGAGCCCUGACAUGAUCCCAGAACUGGAUAUGAACGAUCUCCCGAAAACGGCCAAAGCGCUGUCGCUGGUCUCAGCGCCGUCCUUGGUGAGGCAUGAACUCGCAGCAGGCGUAUUCAACAAAAGUUAUUAUGUAUUGCUCAAGGAGUGGAUGGACAUGGUGCUGAAAGCUCGAAAAAAAUUAGCUACAAGCACCAUCGCGAAAGAUUUGAAAGGCAUGGGCCUUGCGAGCGAAAAGGCCGCCGAUAUUCGACGAGCCGAGUUUUGGCAGAUGGAAUAUCUCGGUCAAGAUAUGAAACGUCUGUUCCCUGGGCUCGAUAUCAAAAGCAGGAAAGUCGAUUUUCCCGAGUUCGAAGAACUAUAUAAAAGAAAGCGCGAGCUCACCGUUGUUGAUGUGCUGGCAACUAUUACCAGCCCCCUCAAUAAGGCUAAGAUGCCAGCAAUCCUUGGGUUGCCGGAUAAUUUCGGCUGGGAGUUGAAGUUCAUGAAUGCGGUACACGACUAUGGGGCGUCGACAUACGGAGCGAACCCCAAGAGAGAUAUGGAGAAGAGCGACUGGACGGCACACACCCAUCACAGGAUGUUGAUGGCUGUGGAAAGAUUCGAGUUGGAGGCGAAUGACUAUUAUGUGUGCGACGAUUCAUAA